UGUCCAGUAUAAAUGAAAAUACAUCGUCUUUUUGAGUGUGAGUUGGUUUGUUGGCAUGAACAAAUCGGUGUUCAUGUUCGAUGACUGCAACUUUGUAAGGGACAGAUACACGGAAGUGAAAGUAAAACUGGAUUCGGGACGACAGUUUCAACGAAAUCUCCGUGUCCAAGCUAUGGCCUCUUUGCGUUUUAACGCACUUUUACUGGAUAUAUCCAGCCAGCUUACCACGGAGCAGCUGGACCGGCUCAAGUAUCUGUGCGGCGACAAAGUUGGAAAAAGGGAGUUGGAAACGAUCGACAACGGAAUCAAACUGUUCCAGUGUCUGACCGAGAGAGGAGUGCUAAAUCAAGAUAAAACAGAGUUGUUGUCGGAGCUUCUCACACUAAUAAACCGACAAGAUCUGGAGGAAAAGUUGAGCAGCUUUCAGUCACCACCGGAAUGUGCUGGCACUCAACUUUGCGAAACGGAGAGAGCCAAGCUGGAAAUUGCCACCAAAGUGAUCGCCGAGAACGUGGGGGGGACCUGGCGAAAAUUAGGACGCGAACUUGGUUUGAGUGAAACAAAGCUGAAAUCUAUCUCGAUGAGGUUUCCAACAGACCUGGAAGAGACAGUCAGAGAGCUACUGAAGGAAUGGAGGAAGAGUCGAGGAGCCGAAGCUCGGACGGGAGAGUUGAUUGAGGCACUCAGAGCAUGUCAGCAAAAUCUCACAGCUGAUAUAGUGGAGGCUGCAUGCAUUUGAUGUCAACAGAGACAUGCUUGCAAGAUGGUAACAUUACAAUUCAAGCCGUAGUCAACCAUCAAUGAUGUCUUUAUUUAUAAAAUGUUAGUUUAACAAUAAGGUUUGCUUGUGUACAUAAUUCAACCAUGAAUUGUAAAAAAAAAAAAAAAAAAAAAAAGACAGAAAUUGUAUCUGCUGUCAGGCACUUUUCAUCCUGAAACUGAGCGUCUGUCAACCAUGAUUGAAGUUUUGUUGUUUGCUAUUAAAGUAAUCAAAACUGGAAA